AUUACAAUCGAACCAUCUUCCCCAAAUCAACACUCACACCAUGAAGCCGCGAAAACGAAACCCUAAAAAGUCGAAGAAAUUGAAAAGGGGAUCUUCAUCCUCAGCCCCUUGGCCGCCGUGGAUCGAGCUACCGGAGCAUCUGACUGCAGAUAUUCUGCAGAGGCUGUAUACGGAGGAGAUAAUUGAGAGUGCGCAGUGUGUUUGCACUACUUGGUGGAGAGUCUGCCAGAAUCCGGCCACGUGGCGCUCUAUUGAUUUGGACUAUCGCCGUCCCGCCGCCCGCGAUGAGAGUGUUUGUGAAGGGAGCUGCACACAUGAUGACGUUUGCCAUUGUGGGGAGGACAAAUUCGCGUUCCUUGUCCGUCGCGCAGUUGAUCUAAGCCAGGGACAACUCCUCAACCUCAAGCUUGGCGUUUGGGAUUUGUAUGAGUCGCUAAAUUACGUAGCACAUCGAUCAUCUCAGCUUCAAAGCCUUACAUUUUUACAGUGUGGUGUUGAUUAUGAUACAAGUGGGUUGAUUUUGGCAAUUAAAAAACUGCCACAAUUGGAAGAGCUGCACCUUAUGAUGAAUCCAAAGCUCGUGUCCGAUGAUUUUGAAACCAUUGGGAUUGCUUGCCCAAUGUUGAAAUCGUUUUCAUAUCACAACUGUUUCGAUGAAGAUGCAGAUUUUGCAGGGGACGUGGUGGCAAUUCGAAAAACCAUGCCGAAUCUGCACCAUCUGCGACUCUGUGAACAUCCGAUGGGAUAUAAGGGACUGGAGGCGAUUCUCGAUGACUGCCCCCACCUCAAAUCGCUCGAUCUUCGGCUAUGCUCUGGUCUUGAGAAAGUUUAUGAUUCUGACCAUAGACUUUCUGAGAGAGGAGAUCUGUGGCUCCAUACCGACUCUAUCAGUUUUAUGGAUUGGAUAACGAAAAGGAAAGACAACUAUGAUAGUGAUUUUGAAUAUGGUGAUUGUUACCAUUGUUGUGCUGAUAUUGAAGGAGAUUAUUAUUAGUUUUGUUGUAAAGGUUUUGGUGGUUAUUAGUAUUUCUAGUCUUGAAGGUUGUAAUGAGAUUUUGUUGGAGGCUUUAUUAUAUCUCCCAUUUUGCUUGGUA